GGCGCCGCGACCCGGCUGCUCGGCUGGGCGGCUGCGGAACCCUGGCGCGGGGAGGCUGCGGCGGGGUUGGGCGAGGGUCCGUCUGUUUCCGGGCCCCCGACCUCCAGCUAGGGACUCGCCGGUUCCCUCCGGCGUCGCUUGGACCCGCGCCGCAGCCCAGGGCAGCGGCCUCCCCGCCUUCGCCUCCCGGGCGCUGCGGGGAGGAGGGCGAGGAGCAGCUCGGAGCAGAUCGAGGUGAAGGCGGCGCCCCGGGGCCCUGCACGCUUGGCCGACGAGGCCCUGUCGUUGGCGGGGGCGCAUCGUGCUGCCCGUCGGGGCCCCUUUCCUCGGCCUCGACACAGCUCGUGGUUGCUGGCAGGCGGGGGGCCCGGCGGACUGUUGGGGUGCAUGUGUGCCUUUGGAUCCAAACCCGCUAGUAAUCCAGGCUCCCCGAGACCCAGGCUUCUGAAGGCGGGGGGACGGGCCAGCCUGAGUGGGGUUUCCAGGGACCCCGGCUGCGGGGGCUACGCAGAGCUUGGAGUUCAGGAGGCCUGGCCCAGAGAGGAAAGGAGCUACUCCGAAGUUGCACCGCGGGCACAGCACCCCAGCUCUUGGGGCAGGUCGCUUGAGCGCCUGUGUGCUGCGGCAGGCACUCCCGUCUACGGGCCUGUGAAGUGGGGGACCAGGACCUCGGGUCUACUCCGUUUUUGACUGUUGUAACUUGGUGUGCUCUCUGCCGUCAAGCACCUGCCAGCUUGAAUUGGGUAGAUGAGACGAAGAUCUAGAAUGAUUCCUGAGCACCAGUUCGUGCUGGCUCUGGCCUCGUAGCUAGGGAUGCAGGGAUGAAAUAGCCGUGGUCCUUGCCCUCAGUGCCGGUCCCGGCAGGAAGCGCAGAGGAACCCCACGCACGCCCUCCAGUGGGGGUGGGUACAGGGUUGAGGGUGCCUUCAUAGAAGUUCUUGUUUUUCCUCGGUUUACUCCCGAAACUAGACACCAGCCUCUGACUCCAGUGUACUUGCCUGGUGCCGUGAUCCUCUGCCCUCCCCAGCAGAGGGCCCUGCAUGCUCCUCUCAGCCCAGAUGAGCUUCCUUUACCCUCAGUUCAGGCUCCCACCUGAUGCUGAGAGCGGCCUCCUCGCAGAACCUGCCUCAAGUAGAGCCUUCGGGGCGACAUCGGCCUGAAUCCAGACCAAGUGUACCUAAACCUUUUUAUUUAGAAGCCAGACUCUCAAACUCCUUGUCAGGAUGGGAAAUCUCGACAGUCAUUUUAUUAUUGCCUCUGCAUGGGGGAGAAGAGGAAAGACCAAGUGUACCCUUUUGACUUUAAGAGAGUUCAAAGUAUUUAUACCUUAAAACCACUUGGGGGUGCCUGGCUGGCUCAGUCCAUGGAGCCUGCGACUCUUGAUCUUGGGAGUCUUGAGUCAAGCCCCAAGUUGGGCAUAGAGCUUACUUAAAAAAAAAAAGAAAAAAGCUACAGUGUUGUCAUGUACAAGAGUCAUAAAGACACCCAGAUUAAAAUGUUGAUGGUAAAUAAAUGGGAUGGAAAAGAAGAUUCAAAGAAAAAUACAUCACUGGGAAUAUUACCACCUAGGGCAUCACAUUUUGGGGUGAGACAGCCUGUCAGGGUUAUGGGCCUCCUAGUAGAUCAGGGUAGCCGUCACAGGCCACAAGAUACCUUUGCUAAGAGUGCUGUUUGCAGGGAAUGUUGGAAGAUCAGAACAGGACCUGCCUUUGGAGCUUUCUCUUUAAAAAAAGAAGGCUUCUCAGUGUUGUGGAGAUCUCCCUCACUAGCAGUUAGAGUCUGAAGUUGCUCCAGGCUUGUUGCUGGAAUUCCAUUAGUUAGCAGUGAGAGAAUACAGGGCAAGGAAGCUCAGGAAUAAUACAGAAACGAAAUAGAAGAGGGAUCUCAAUGAAGAACUAGGAGCUGUGUGGGUGAUGCUCCUACAGACACCGGCGACUGUUGGGUCCUGUUCGAAUUUGUGGCAGAAUUGGGUGCUGUUAGGUGGAGUUAGGGACAGGGAACAUCAGGUGUUUCAGAGGGUGUACACAAGAUCUAGUUGAUGGAGGAGUUGGCUCUGGUUAAGGGCCCCAGGGAAGACUAGAGCCCGGUUAGGGAACAGGGAGUGGGGGCAGUGUUUGGUGAGUCAGGGAGGCCUCCCUGCGAAGGGCCCAUUCAGAGCUCUGAAGUAAGCAGCCAGCCCCAUGAACACCUGCUCUUGGCCAAUUUCUGGAAUCAGCCAGGCACUGAGGCAGGAAAGACUGGGUAUGUUUGAGGAGCCUAACGGAAGCUGGAGGGGAGUGAGGAGUGGGCCAGGUCAGGCAUGUAUAGGGCUCAUAAGUAAUGAGGGGAGCCACUGGGGGUCAGGGCAGGUACAUGAUAGGGGUUUGCUGGCUGCCAUAUGGAGGUGGACCAUGGGAGGAGGGCUGGGGUGCCCCAAGUUUGAUCCAUCUCAGAUCCAGGCUCUAGGUGACAGGAGCGUAACUCCCAAAGGGGUACAUGUGGGUCCUGCAGCUCCAAAAGCACAUCCUCUGGUCUCAAAUACAGGAAGUGGAGAAGGAGGGAGAAAAUGGUGGGGGGAAAAAAACCUCAAUGUGGGGACCACACGGAGUUGUUGGUCCAUGGUCUGUAUCAGACCCCGCUGGACACAGGCCUGGAGACCCCAUCCCUGGGAGAGGGUUAGAGCAAGUGUUCUGUUUGGUCAUGUCCAAACAGAACACGCUGUUUGUUGAGCCUCAUUGAGAGGCUCUUGAGGUGUCCAAGGGGAGCACACAAGCAGGGAAGGGGCCACGUUCCCUUGUCCGCACCCCCCCCAUCCGUGCCUUAGCCGCUGCACCACAGCUCUGUUCCUCCCGCACACCUCUGUGAUCUAACCUUCGUGGUCUGGCUUCUCCGGCAGCACGAGGAUUGGUGGUGUCCUCUCUGGUGUAGGCUUCCUGCUCCAGAGGUCUCGUUACAAGCUCAGAAAAAUGAAGAGCUGUGACUAAAGUGAGAGCUUUCGGAAGAAUAGGAGAGUCUGGCCCCUGGCCUUUCUCCUUAGCCCUUUCUGGAUUCCAGUGGCCCUUCCUCUCUCUUGGGAACAAAGAAAGAUGGAAAAGCCCUCGGGCAAAAAGAAGGCACAGACCCCAAAAGAAGAAGGAGAUGGGCUAAAGAACACUCCCAAAGCAGAGAAAGCAUCUGGGGAGAAAAAGGCAAACAAGAGGUCCACUUUGGCGAAAAAGCACAGCAAGGAAGCCAGCCUGAGUCCUGAGGAAGAAGGACACGUAUUUGAUGCCUUUGACGCUUCGUUUAAAGAUGACUUUGAGGGGGUUCCCGUGUUCAUUCCUUUUCAGAGAAAGAAGCCCUAUGAGUGCAGCGAGUGUGGACGCAUCUUCAAGCACAAGACAGACCACCUUCGCCACCAGAGGGUUCACACGGGAGAGAAACCCUUCAGGUGUGAGGAGUGUGGGAAGAUGUUCAGACACAGCUCCGAUGUCACCAAACACCAGAGAAUCCACACUGGAGAGAAGCCCUUUAAAUGCAGCGAGUGCGGGAAGGCCUUUAACUGUGGCUCCAAUCUCCUAAAACAUCAGAAGACGCACACUGGAGAGAAGCCGUAUGAGUGCGAGGAAUGUGGGAAAACCUUUGCCUACAGCUCAUGUCUCAUUCGCCAUCGGAAGCGUCACCCACGGAAGAAGCACUGACCGCACCGCUGUGAGGCCUGCGGCAAGAGCUUCAGGUACAAGUCGCUGCUGCUCAAGCACCAGCGCAUCCACACGGGCGAGAAGCCGUACGCGUGCCACGAGUGCGGGAAGCGCUUCCGCGGCUGGUCGGGCUUCAUCCAGCACCACCGCAUCCACACGGGCGAGAAGCCGUACGAGUGCGGCCAGUGCGGCCGCGCCUUCAGCCACAGCUCGCACUUCACGCAGCACCUGCGCGUCCACAACGGCGAGAAGCCGUACGAGUGCGGCGAGUGCGGCCAGGCCUUCAGCCAGAGCUCCAACCUGGUGCGGCACCAGCGGCUGCACACGGGCGAGAAGCCGUACGCCUGCAGCCAGUGCGGCAAGGCCUUCAUCUGGAGCUCCGUGCUCAUCGAGCACCAGCGCAUCCACACCGGCGAGAAGCCCUACGAGUGCGGGCAGUGCGGGAAGGCCUUCCGCGGCCGCUCCCACUUCUUCCGCCACCUGCGGACCCACACGGGCGAGAAGCCCUUUGCCUGCGGCGCGUGCGGCAAGGCCUUCGGCCAGAGCUCCCAGCUCAUCCAGCACCAGAGGGUCCACUACCGGGAAGGCCCCCGCAAAGGGCGGCCUUAUCAGUGUGACACCUGCGACCGGAGCUUCAAAUGCUAUUCGGACGUGGCAAAGCAUCAGAGCAUUCACUCCGGGGAGAAGCCAUACGCGUGCAGUGACUGCGGGAAGGCCUUCAUCCACAGCUCGCACGUGGUCCGGCACCAGCGCACCCACCACGGGGAGAAGCCCUACGUGUGCAAGGAGUGCGGGAGAGCCUUCAGCCAGAGCUUCAACCUUGUCAGGCACCAGCGAAUUCACACGGGAGAGAAGCCGUAUGGAUGUGCUGAGUGUGGCAAGUCCUUCGGUCAGCGGUCAGAUGCCACCAAGCACCAGAGGACACACACGGGCGAGAGGCCAUAUGCGUGCAGCGAGUGCGGGAAGGCCUUCCUCCACAGCUCCAAUGUGGCCCGGCACCAGCGCACCCACCACGGGGAGAGCCCCUACGAAUGUCAAGAGUGCGGCCAGGCCUUCAGCCAGAGCUCCAACCUCCUCCAGCACCGGCGAGUGCACACGGGCGAGAAGCCCUACGCCUGCCCCGAGUGUGGCCGCGCCUUCAGCCGCAGCUCCUUCCUCAGCGAGCACCGGCGCAUCCACACCGGGGAGAAGCCCUACGCAUGCGGGGAGUGUGGCCGUGCCUUCAGGGCGCUGUCGGGCUUCUUCCGGCACCGGCGGGUCCACACCGGGGAGAAGCCUUUCCGCUGCACUGAGUGCGGCCGCACCUUCCGCCUGAGCUCUCACCUGAUCCAGCACCAGCGCGUCCAUGGCACAGACUGAGCCCCCCGUGGGUGAACGGGCCAGGGCGCGGUGGGUACAGCACCCGUGAAACUGGCUGCACCUGGAGGGCUGUGUACUUCAUCCCACCUGCAUGAGGAGGAUGAGGAAGCAGCCUGGUGCUUUAAGUUCUUGCCAUGGGGAAGCCCCCAGUGCCUCCGCGGCCCCCCUGCCCAGAAGUCAGAAGAGAAGGAUGAGUCCGAGGGAAGGCUGCUUUAUAGUGGGGAAUGCAGACUUCCCCAAAGGAGGGAGAUCUGAGGAGGACGUGUAUCCACUGAAACUAAUUUCAUAUUCCUAACACUUUGUUGAUGUAUAAUUUACAUAUGGUGAAGUGCAUGAUCUUAAGGGCUGGGUUUUAUGAGAUUUGACAAAUAUAACCUGCUUUGACCUUUAGAACCACCAAGGUAUCAAGAUAAUAGACUAUCUCCAUCGCCCCCUUAGCCUCAGAGGCAACCAGUGAUCUCGUUUCUGUCACUAUAGUUUUGCUUGUUCUAGAACUUUAUGUAAAUAGAAUGAUUUAACAUAUACUUUUUAUGUCUGACUUC